AUGGGAUCCGCCACUUCUUACCGACAACCUCCACCUGCAAGUAUCCAGCUGGAGAAACAGUUGGCAGCGAUAGAAGCCGAACUCCAAAAGCAAAGAGAAGUAAGGAAAUUGUACAAGAUGCAGCUAGAGAGGACACGAGAUUACCUAAGGAACUGCCUUCAAAUAGCGCAAGACAAUGGUUUCUUGGACAUAUUUACUGGCAAUAUCAAAGAUAAACCCCAAGAAUCCCAAUCCCUUCUCCCACCUGAUGCUAUCAACAGCCUUGUUAGCAGUCCCAGAGGACCACAGUCCACAGCGCAGCCCCAUCCACAUACCAGUCUUGCUGCCCUCAUUGCUCAAGCAAAAUUGCUCGGAUGGUACAUUGAGCCCGAUGAGCUUGAACUGCAAGAAGUAGUAGCUCAGGGAACGACAGCAGAUGUAUAUAGGGGAACAUGGAGAGGACUUGAUGUUGCAGUGAAGUGUAUCUUCCCCAAUUUAUUCGAAACAAAUGAGCACAUGCUUGGCUUCUUUGUUCAAGAGGUUGAGACAUUGUCGAGGCAGCGCCACCCCUUUGUGCUUCAGCUGAUGGGGGCUUGCCUUGAACCCCCAAGCCAUGGCUGGAUAGUCACUGAAUUCUUGAGUACAACUCUCAAAAUUUGGUUACACGGUCCGGGCAGCAGAAGGAAAGAAAGAAUGGUUCCCCUUCCGCCCCUCGAAGAGAGGCUACAAAUGGCCCUAGAGAUUGCUCAAGCAAUGCAGUAUCUUCAUGAGCAGAAGCCUGCAAAGGUUAUCCAUCGUGAUUUGAAGCCUAGCAACAUUUUUCUUGAUGAUGACAUGCACGUAAGGAUUGCAGACUUUGGCCAUGCUCGGUUCUUGAAUGAUGGCGAAAAGGCACUCACUGGAGAAACAGGUACAUAUGUUUACAUGGCUCCGGAGGUAGUCCGUUGUGGACCUUAUGAUGAAAAGAGUGAUGUUUAUAGUUAUGGUGUGAUACUCAAUGAGCUGAUUACGGGUGAACAUCCAUAUAUUGAAACAGAUUAUGGCCCUUCAAGGAUAGCCAUGGAAGUGGCAAACAAUGGACUUAGACCGGCGCUUCCAAAGCAUGAUGCCGAGAAACUAAAAGAGCUUCUUGAACUUAUUCGAAAUUCUUGGGAUGAAGAUGCAGCAAUAAGACCCUCCUUUGCAACCAUAACUUGCAUCCUCAGAAGUAUUAGAAAGAGAUUAGUAGAUAAUCAAUACCUAGGGGCUACUAUUAAGAUACCCUUUCUUGUUAUGAAUAACUAA